GCUGUCCGCGGUGCUGAAGCCUCGGCUGCUUCUUCUCUCCAUGUGGCGACAGCUCACACAGCCACGAAUCCGUUUACCGAGCGUCCAAAUUAAACAGGGACCUCCGUCUUUCACUUGAUUAUUCUCGACUGUUUUCACCCCCGCGAAUUACAAAGGAAGUGCGACGGCAACCCGCAAGGCUCUGUUUGUAUUUUGCAGACGUUAAAAUUCUCGCUUUGCUUGUUUUCCCCCUUUUUUAAGCCCUGGAAGUAUUCUUAUAUUUCAACACAAGGACGUGUUGUGUAGCUGCGCGAAGAGCGACCUCGACUUUAGUAGACAUGUGUAGAAGACAAGACUGUCCAUUAAAGAGCCUCUUCACGGUUUUGGUUCUUGCUGCUGCUGCCGUGACCGAAAUGCAUGGACAAGGUCUGAAGCAAAGCAACAGCGUCAGUAAGAGAACGCUGGACUCAGAGAGGGACUUCUUCACACACUCACCAACGCAGGACACAGAGAGCGAAGUCCACUUGGUUACCACUGUCUCACCAAUGAACAUCCCCAACCACCGGCCUGUCCUCAAGGGCCUGCUGCUUCACGAGCACCUACUUACAAGGGACUUCCAGGGGGACCAGCACUUUUUUAGGAGGGAUGGCUCUGUGGCUGCAUUUCCCACCAUGCCAGGCUCCGUGUCUGCCUCGGACGCAGGAGACCCUGCCACCCAGCUGGUGCCCCAUGAGGAUGCCCCAGCCUUUUCAGACAUUGCCACUACUGCCACUCUGGCUGCCACCUCUCCACUGACCACAUUUUCUCCCACAACACCAAGGCCAUCCAUGUCUCUCCCUCAAAAGAAGUCCUCUAAGGAGAAGACCGGGGGGGCAGACAAGGUAGAGCCGACAACAGACACCCUCACCACCCAAGUGACUCCAAAUAAUAGAGGUUUUGGAAGUGAAAACAACCCAGCGGCUUCCUCAUCAUCGCAGAGAAGUCACAGUCCUUUUCCCGUAGGCACCACCCUUGCACCCUCCUCAGUGAGGAUGGAGAAAGGUGAAGCACCACUAAAAUACAAAAGCAACCCUGAUCAGGCACUCCCCACCCUGACUGAAGUGUCCCGGGCAGAGGGCGCCACCACAAUGUCCACGACCGUCAUCAUGACUACCACCAUCACCAUCACACAAACAUCAGAGUCAUGCGGUCUGAAUUUCACUGACCCCGAGGGUAACAUCGAGAUCCAGCAGCAACUUGACUCCGGAGUGGAGUGCAACUACUUGGUUACCGUCUACCUGGGAUAUGGCAUCGAGGUUCAGGUGCUAAAUGUGAGCGUGUUGGAGGGGGAGCAGGUGACAGUGGAGGACACUGGGGGCCAAGAACCCCUCAUCCUGGCCAACGAGUCAGUCUUGGUGAGAGGCCUUGUUCUACGCAGCUGGAGCAACCAGAUCUCCAUCCGUUUUCGUAGUGACCAACAGCACAACUCCGGAUUCCUCCUGCUGCAUUACCAAGCCUUCGUGCUGAGCUGUGUGUUCCCCAAAGAGCCAGCUGGUGGGGAAGUGUCGGUGACACACCUCCACGCUGGAGGAGAGGCCUACUUCCGCUGUUUCACCGGCUACAAGUUGCAAGGCCCCAAAAUGCUCACCUGUCGCAACGCAACCACACCUUACUGGAGUGGGAAGGAGCCCCAGUGUGUGGCAUCCUGCGGGGGAAUGAUAAAAAAUGCUACCUAUGGCCGUAUUGUCUCUCCUGGUUUCCCUGGCAACUACAGCAACAAUCUGACGUGCCACUGGGUCCUGGAGGUCCCUGAAGGCCACAGGCUUCACAUUCACUUUGAGAAGGUGGCUCUGGCAGAGGACGAUGACAGGCUGAUGAUUAAGAAUGGCAACAACAUUGACUCUCCCCCUGUGUACGACUCCUAUGAGGUGGAGUAUUUGCCCAACGAGGGUGUGCUCAGCACCGGACGUUACCUCUUUAUAGAGUUCACCACAGACGGGACAGUGACUUCCACUGGUGCAGCCAUCAGAUACGAAGCUUUUGCAAAAGGAAUGUGCUACGAGCCUUUUGUGAAAUACGGCAACUUCAGCAGCAGUGACUCCACUUACAGUGUGGGAGCAGUGGUUGAAUUCUCAUGUGACCCUGGCUACACGCUAGAGCAAGGCUCCGUGGUGAUUGAGUGUGUGGACGCACAAAACCCACAGUGGAAUGAGACUGAGCCGGCCUGUAGGGCUGUGUGCAGUGGGGAGAUCACAGACUCGGCCGGUGUGGUGUUGUCUCCUAAUUGGCCUGAGGCCUACGACAAGGGGCAGGACUGCAUCUGGGGCAUCCAUGUGGAAGAGGACAAGAGGAUCAUGCUUGACAUCCAAGUUCUCCAUGUGGGUAAGAAUGACCUGCUGACCUUCUACGAUGGUGAUGACCUCACAGCCAACAUCCUGGGUCAAUACAGCGGCACACGGUCACGCUUCAAGCUCUACACGUCCAUGGCUGAUGUGACUAUUCAGUUUCAGUCAGAUCCUGCCACCAACAUCUACGGAUACAACAACGGCUUUGUGGUCCACUUCUUUGAGGUGCCGAGGAACGACACGUGCUCUGAGCUGCCGGAGAUCACCAAUGGAUGGAAGAGCACGUCCCACCCUGAUCUAAUCCAUGGUACCGUCAUCACCUACCAGUGCUACCCCGGAUACGAGCUGGUCGGCUCUGAGAUCCUCAUGUGCCAGUGGGAUCUCUCCUGGAGCGGCGAUGUGCCGAGGUGUGAGGAAGUUAUGACGUGUCACGACCCUGGAAACGUGGAGCACAGUCGCAAGGUGAUGACAGGCAGCCGCUUCGCUGUCGGAUCCACCGUGCAGUUCAUCUGUAACAAAGGCUACAUCCUGUCCGGCAGCGGCCUCCUCACCUGCUACAACCGAGACUCAGCCACGCCCAAGUGGAGCGAGAGGCUGCCCAAGUGUGUCCCUGAAAAGUACGAGCCGUGCAGGAACCCUGGUGCUGCCUCCACCAGCGUGCAGAGCUCUGAAAAGGCCUUUUACCAAGCAGGAGAGACGCUGACCUUCUCCUGCCACUCAGGCUACGAGCUGCAGGGAGAGGCCACCAUCUACUGCGUCCCUGGACACCCAUCACAGUGGAACAGCACUCCCCCCGCCUGCAGAGCAUCCUCCACCCAGUAUGUGAACGAACGCAGGCUGGAUGUUGUUAAUCUGGAUUAUGGCAUGGAGGGAACCAAUAUUGCCCUUGCAGUUUUUGUUCCAACUGCAAUCAUCCUGGUGGUUGUCCUCGGGAUUUAUGUCUACUUCUCAAAGCUACAAGGGAAGUCUAUCAGAAUGCCGACAUCCUCGCCACCGUAUGACAACAUGACGGAAGAGUCGGCUUUCGACAACCCGAUAUAUGAGAGUGGAGUAAGUACAGAUGUCAUGAGCAUGCAAGACGUGGAUUCACAGAACACCAGUGUGCUGUCCUGAUCCUUUCCCAUCUGGCCGUCACCCUGUCGUCAUCUCAUGUUUCACCAGCAGAGGGCCUCAUCUCUCCUCACCAUUCCCUCAUCAGUAAGAGCUAGUGGUGUGAGCCGAUGAUGUUGCUCAUAAGAAUAUAAAGACAGACACUUUCCCCUCACCCUGCUCUGAGGUUUACAUCCUGGAUUUCCAUUCUUCAUCCAGGAGUGACAGUAACACGUCAGCCUUACAUUCUGUCGCUCACCUUGUGGUAUGUUGUCCCUUACCCAUGUCCUAUGCAUGUAUUCUGUUGAAUGCUGCAUUCACACCAGGUGGGUGAAUGAACAUUUUCGAAACUGCUCUGCGCAAAUGAAACUAGUUUAUUUGAAAAAAAAGACAGUAUUAUUGAUUCAUAGACAUUUUUCAUUUGUUCAUCUUCCUCACGUCUAUCAAAGGUGGAGGAUCAAAGCAGGCUCCACUUUGUCAGAGUGGGCCAAUCACAGUAAUAGAUAUUUUACUUUGAAAAAGCUAUUCAGUCAUUUUAAACUUUUACUCUAUCUUCCUUCCUUGUUUCCAACGCACUGAUAAAUCACAACACUAUAUAUAUAGAGUAGAUCUAUAAGAUCUUUUGAUAUAGUCAUAGGCUGCUGUGUGACUUGUGAUGACUAUAUGGAUAUAAGUUUCCUAUUGUUCAUAAUUCUUUUCAUGUGCUGGUCUCACUUGUGACCGGCACGUCCUGCUCUUUCUCCCUGCUCCUUCAGCACUGGCAGACUCACUCUAGAUACUAAACACAGUCAGUCUGUCCACUCUGGCUCCACGGCAGAACAACUGAGGUGAGAUCUCCGUCUGACGCUGAGAGCACAUCCCUCUCACUGUCCCCUGACCCGCAGCCACACAUUUCUGACUACCUCUCCCAACCUGAAGCACAUUCUGAUCAGGCUUCAAUCGCCACUUUGUAGGUAUAACGUAUUUAGGAAUAUGUUUCUGAUGCAGAUCCAGUCUGAACCUACAUCUCUGCAUUUACAUACAACCAGAACCACUGGCUGAUGAGACAUGUGACCUAUUGAUGAAUUCAAAUCCUGUUUCUUUACACCUAAAAUAAUUUAUAGAGGAUGAAAAAUAUGACUUUUUCAAACAAGUUUUGAAGCCACUGCUCUCCCUCCCUAUGCCCCUGCCAUCCCAACAUUUCAAUAAAGCUGAUAAUGAUGUGCUGUCAUGCCCAAAUAACAAUUGUAUGUAAGUUUGUGUCACAUACACACUGGUCAUAUUUUGUUAACGGCGUCUUUUGCAGCACCUUACUUUAGGGUAUGUAACUGAUUACUGUGUUUGAUCCAGAAACUGAAGUUAAAACAUAUAUCAAGAUGAAUUAAUCUAGAAAAGAUAAGGAAUAAUUGGGAUAAAGAAUUGUUGGAAAAAGACUAUUUUGAAACUGCAGUUAAUUUAUAUACAGUAUUUACAAAUUACAAAUAUUAUUAUUAGUCAAUCACUUCUUUAUGAUAAUAAAUAGUGAAAAUGAAUACCUGUCCACCCUAAAGUAAAGUAAAAGCAUAUCCAACAAUAUCUAAUCAUAUUGUUUCUGUUUUUGUCAUGUUCAUACUUAAUGGUUGCGAUUGUAGUCUAUAUUUUCUAAUAAAGUAUUUUAUAGUAAAUCAUCUGGUAACUACGAAUAUACCUGUAUUAUAAAGAUCUUCUCUCUUCAUUUAAAUGCACAGAGGUCGUUUUAUGUCAAACCACUGAAAUAGAAAACAUUUAUUGAGUGUUUGUUGUAAUAUUGAACAGUUAUUUUUAUUGUAUUGUAAAUGAAGAACUCAUAAGUUCUGCUUUUAAAAUGUUUAUUUCCACUUGACAAAUUGUCCCAUCCUUGUUUUAACUGGUGUGUUUGUCUGGUCUUUACAGGACAAAUGAAAAAGAUUUAAGAGGUGUCUGUUUAGAGACCUUAAAGCAAGAAUUGCUCAAGCUUUGCCUUUUGGGACCCUCUCUGCACUGCUCAUCUUUCCUCCGACUUUUCUUUUUACUGUUCCUAAAUGGUUUUUUUCUUUCCAUUUCCCUUCACAUUGAUUAUUAUUGUAAAUAAGUCCUUCUUUUCACAGUCAAACCUGUGAAUCUGUGGGUCACCAUGGUGAUAUUUUUAUAAAGUAAAUUGCUGAUGACCGUUGGUGAUUGUAUGUUUCUGAGUACUUUUUGAGGCCCCCAGCAAGUAGCAGUUAGAGAUGGAGGGAGGUUGUGCUUUGAUUGUUGAGAUCUGUUGGAUACAUUUCCCCAUUACCCAGGAUUCUUUGGAAAAUUUGCCAUCAUAACUUUUUUUUGUGUGUGUAUGGGUCUGCUCUUUGUAAAUAAACUGCCUGUCCAAUA